AUGGAUUGGAACCUUUCCCAAUUCAACCCUGAACUCAUCAACUCCAUCUGCCAAAGGAACGAGCCACUUCAACACAUUCGGAUAGCCACACUGCCCUCCAAAGAAAUCGGAAUCAUCAUUGGAUGCGAUUUCGCCGAACUCGUGGCACCUUCAGAAGUAAUCCAUUCAAAACAAAAUGUGCCUAUUGGAUGGAAAACGCCACUUGGAUGGUCUCUCUGUGGACGAGACAAUGCAGCGGCACUCAACGACAUCAACGCAAUCAACUUCACGACAGACGAUACACUGUUUCGCCACGUAGCUGAAUGGAUGAAAAUUGACGCCGAAGGGAUUUCAACUGACCAACGCAGCCUCUCAACAGACGACAAGGACGCUCUCCGCAUCUUGAAAUCUUCAACAACCCGCUUGCCCAUUGGACACUACGAAGUUGGAAUGCUUUGGAAACGUGGACAACAACUGCCAAACAAUAGAUGGCUUGCCAAGAAGCAGCUCGACAGCCUUCUCCAACGACUAAAGAGAAACACCGAGAUGGCACAGAAAUAUCAGGAGACCAUCGACACCGACUUGCAGAAAGGUUUCAUAGUCAAAGUUGAUGAUUCCCAUGAAGAGUCAACAGGAAAAUGGUACCUUCCUCAUCAUCCAGUGACAAACAUCAGUAAACCUGGCAAGGUCUUCGUGAGCCCAGAGGACCAGCCGUAUUUGCGAUUUCUGUGGAAGGACAACACGGGCCAACCCGCAACCUUCCAAUACACUCGCCACAUCUUCGGAGCUACCGACUCACCAUGUGUUGCCUGCUACGCCACUCGACAAUGUGCGAAGGACAAUGCCGACAAAUAUCCAGCCUUGGAGCAAAUCACAAGACGCAACAUAUACAUGGACGACCUAUACAAAGCCGUUUCAACACCGACGGAAGCGACACAGUUAAUGAACGACCUUCAAAAAUUGUUCAGCCUUGGAGGUUUCAACCUCACAAAAUGGACCUCAAACUCUCAACAAUUCCUCACAACAGUCAACGAGAACCACUUGGAAAACAGCGACAGCCUCACCAAGAAGGAACGACCCCUCGAAAAAGUUCUUGGAGUGAAAUGGAAACCAGACACGGACGUCUUUCUUGUGGAAGCAAAGAAGUUUCACGCCAUUGACAAGAAGGACUUAACGCAGCGCAAACUAUUGAAGUUUGCUUCUUCAAUCUUUUACCCGCUUGGAAUUACGAUGCCACUGACAAUUCGACUACGACAAUCACUUCAACUUGCCUGGAGUAAUGGAGCUCAAUGGGACAAACCUCUAAACAUGGAGCAUUUAACAGACCUCAACGAUUGGAUAGACAAGCGAAGCCAAUUCAACGACAUCUGCCUGCCCCGGAUUUACUUCAAACCAGAAACGAAGAUACUGGAAACCCAACUCGAUGUAUUCAGCGACGCCUCCGAACUUGCCUUAGCAUCAGUUGCUUACCUCAGAAUCAGAUACGACGACGACACAACGGAACUCAAGUUCCUCAUUGGAAAAGCCCGAGUAGCACCCAUCAGCAGAAUCACAUACCAAAUCUCGAGCAUCAAGCCGCCACUAACGGAGCUAAACUGUCUCGUUUCAUCAAAGAACAACAUAACAUACAAAUCGAUAGUACGACACUAUGGACAGAUAGUACAACAGUUCUUCAUUGGAUAA